AUGAAUUCUGAAGCUCCGGAAAGCAUGUGGUUCGAAAAUGACGUGUUUCCAAAGUUGGCCGACUGUAAGGUGUUUUUUGCGUUUCAUACGACCAAUUGGUGGAGCCAACUGAAAACGGCAGCCGCUGCCAUCUACGCAAAUCGUCACUACCUCCAUCUUUACCACGUUACGCACCCAGAACGUUUGGCGAAGCAGAAAGGAACAGGACCGAAAAUUAUAGGCGACGUAUUCAUUCACUCAUCGGCGAUCGUCAGUCCUACUGCUGUGAUUGGCCCGAAUGUCAGCAUCGGUAGCAAUGUAACGGUGGCGGCCGGCGUGCGUAUCAGAGAAUCCAUUAUACUGGAUGGUGCGGUUUUACAGGAACAGUGCUGCGUAUUGUACAGCGUUAUCGGUUGGAACUGCCACGUUGGCGAAUGGGCUCGUGUUGAAGGAACACCUGUGGGUCCAAACCCAAAUAUGCCUUUCGCUAAAUUGGAGAGCAAGCCGUUGUUCAAUCCAAAUGGUAAACUGAACCCCAGCAUUACAGUGAUCGGCUGCAACGUGCAGAUACCAACCGGGAUAAUGGUUUUGAAUUCGAUUGUCUUGCCACACAAAGAACUAGAAGUCAGUUAUAUGAAUCAGAUAAUUCUUUAA